GCUGCGAAUGGCGGAGGCGCUGAGGCGAGUGCUCAGCCGAAGUAGCGGGGCCGGGCCGGAGGAGGACACGGCUGAGGCCGGACCUCCUUUGCUGCUGCUCGGCGCCCCAGGAUCUGGGAAAACCACGUUGCUCUUCGAGGCAGCCCUAGAGGCGGCGGGAGAGGGCCGGGGCCCCGUCUUCUUCCUGACGCGAAGGCCGCUUCAAAGCCUGCCCCGCGCGACUGGCGCCGCCCUCGAGCCCAUGCGUCUCCAGAAAAUUCGCUUCCAGUACCCGCCUUCCGCCCCGGAGCUCCUCUGGCUCCUCGGCUCCGCCCACGAGGGCCCGGGGCCGGUGCCGGCGCUCCUGCUGCUCGACGGCCUGGAGGAGUACCUGGGGGAGGACCCGGGGGCCCAGGAGGCCGCCCACCUGGCCGCCCUGCUCGUGGACACGGCCGCCCACUUCAGCCACCGGCUGGGGCCCGGCCGGGCGUGCGGGCUGCUCGUGGCCCUGCAGACCCAGGACGAGGGGGACCCCGGGGAGGCCCUGCGGCUGGCCGUGCUGCAGCGCUACCUCCCCGCCCAGUGCUGGCUGCAGCCGGCCGCGCCGGGCCCGGGCGAGCGCUGCCUGCGGGCCUGCCUGGAGCCGGGCGCGCCGGGCCACAGGACGGAGUGGCGGGUGAGCUUCCGCGCGGACGGAGAGAUGACGGCCGCCCCGGCCGCUGCCUGCGGCUCAGACAAAGCUUCCGGCUCCGGAGGCCGGGCCCGAGCCUUGAUGGGCCGCAGCCUCUGCGGGCCGGGGUCUCCCGCGGCUGGCAGGCUCGGCUCGGGGCCGCGUGCAGAGUCGCAGACGUAAAGAGCGUCCGGCGCGUGUUUAGACGGCAGCAGCACCUUGUGCACAGGACAGCCGUCCACGUGUGAUUUCGUUCUCUCUUAUCAAAAGUCGUCUGAUACGGAUCGCCCUCUGCCGCUUGACGUCAUCGCACGCGUCUUGUUACGUCAGCGGGUCCCUGGGUCCUGGGAGCUUUCGCCUGCGUGAGUCACGCUGUAGGGAAAGUGUGCGGACACCUCCCUCUCCCGGGGCGUCCCCAGUGGCCCUCGGUGUCAGCACGGCCCCAUACAGGACAGAGCUCUGCGAGCCAUCCUUGGUGGUGGAGACCAAGCCAGAAGCUCACGAAACGGCAGCCCUCGCCCUGGUUGCACAACUGAACUGCAUUUCCCAGCCUCCCUUGGGCCUAGCUGGGGGUCACAUGACUGUUUCUGGCCAAUAGAAUUUCAGGACAGCGGCCCAUAUCCGGGCCAGAUCCUUAAAAUGGUCCCUGUUGCUCCUCUCCUGUUGCAGUCUCACUUGUUGGCCGAGGAUAGAGAGGACCCAGGAGAGGCCCCCAAGGUGGCCCUAGGGGAAGCGGAAGCCGGAGACCAGAGAGGUCCUCCGCUAUUUGUCUUUUGAAGUCAGUGUGACACAGAGGCGAGAGGGAGCUCCCUCCGCCGGGUCACUCCCCAAAUGACCAGGACAGCCAGGGCCGGGCCAAGCCCAAGCCAGGAGCCCAGCGCUCCAUCCGGGUCUCCCCCACGGGUGCAGGGGCCCAGGCACUGGGGCCAUCAUGGCCGCCUCCCCAGGUGCGCAAGCAGGGA